AAGAGAAGUGGGCGGGCCCUGCCGCCGUUUCCGCCAAUCGGAGCCGCGCUCGGUGUUAAAUAGCGCUCCGUGUCAAUCAUUUCCUUCCCCCCAGUCAGCCUCCCCUCAAUUCCAAGUGCAUCUCUAAGUUCGCCAUAUUGGGCACUGGAAAGGUUCGUCCGCGGUGCCCCUGCUCUCCUCCACUACGAGUCGGGGUCGACGGAGCGGCUCCGGGAACUUGCUCUCCUCUUUCCUCGUCUCCCCCCCCCCCAUUCCCUCUCCCCCCGCCUCUCUCGGUCCGGAUGAUCCGCGGAGACCCGCUUUGCCCUCGCCCCGCCGGAACGUCGGCGAGUCACCGUGUGCGUCCAUACCUAUGCACGGCAUACAUGCACGCAGCAGACGCAGCAGCAGCAGCAGUCCAGCCGAUCGGGGGUUUUGCGCUCGUGGUGGAUCCGGCCGCGCGGAGGACACAUCCGCGUUUCUGACUCGCUUCUGUUCGGACCUUUUGUGGGUUUUUGUUUUUUGUUUUUUGUUUUUUUUUUUGUUUGGGUGGUUUUCUGUUUUUACGCCGCCCCGGGGGAAAGGGAGAAUGUCCAACGUGCGUCUUUCUAACGGGAGCCCGACGCUGGAGCGGACGGACGCCCGGGUGUCGGACCACCCGAAGCCGUCCGCCUGCAGGAGCCUCUUCGGCUCGGUGGACCACGAAGAGUUAAAGAGGGAUUUAAAGGGACAUCUGCAGGAGAUGGAGGAGGCCGCCUCCGCCAAGUGGGGCUUCGACUUCGCCAGCCACACGCCGCUGGCGGACGGCAGGUUCGAGUGGCAGGUCGUGGACUGCAGGGACGUGCCCGAGUUCUACGGCCGGCAGCGGAACAACAACAACAACAACAACAACCGCGGCGGCGGCGGCGGCGUGGAUCUAAACGGGAACCGUAGCAGCUGCGUCCUGGUCGCCGCCCGGCAGACGACGGAGGACGGCGCCGAGCGAGCCGCCGCAGCCGCCGGGCCGCCGGCCGAACCGUGCGCCGGCCAGAGGAAGAGACCCGCGUGCCACGACCCGUCGGCCCAAAGUAAAAGGUCGCACACCAGUUCGGAUGAAGUUCGGGGCCAGCCCUUGACGCGCUCUGCAGAACACGCACCCAGAAAGUCCAGUCCCAGCAGGCAAACGUGAGGAUGAGGAAGAGUCGAAGCUGUUUCCCCUUUUACGUGGGAAAGCUACAAGUGUUCGCCAAUGUUUUGUUUUGUUUUGUUUUUUUGGGGGUUUUGUUUUCUUGGAAGAGGAACUACACAGCAACACAAAAACAUAUCAGCUCUCCCGAGGACGGGAGAGACGCUGUUGAAGCACUGAAUAGAGAGAGAGAGAGAGACGGGGGGGGGGAGAGAGACGGAGAGAGAGAAAAACACUUAAAUUGUGGCACUCAAUUAAGGUUACUGCCUCUGAAAGCAGUCGAUGUAGCAGUGUGCAAUUAGGUUUGAUUUCCUUUUUUGCUCAUUUUUGUACUACCUGUGUGUAUAUAUAUAUAAUAUAUCGAUUAUGUUUCUCCAUAUGUAGCACAUACGACCUGAUUUGGAAAGCAAAUCUUUAUGUAGAGAGGUGUGAAUUGAUGAUUUGACUUGAAGAAUUUGCAGUGUAGUUUGAUAAAUGUUUUCCAAAAUGCUGUUGUUUAUUUUUUUCUUUUGAAUUUAAAAAUUUUUUUUGUUUUCCUUGAAAGGCGGUUUGACUCUGACCCAGUUCUGUUUGCUGCGUUUCAAACGAGCUGAAGCCACCACGAAUACUAGAGAGGUUAUUUUUAUCCCGUCUCCUCGGCGGGCCGCGCUCUUGCAGUCCAGCAGUCGGUACAAGUAUGGCUCUUAUUUUCCCUUCGCCCUUUUCUUCCGGUGCCGGGGCUCUCGCCUCAGGCUUGUCACCCCGGGGAAGUCGAUCCAGCAGAAAACUAGACGUUUCUGUUCCAGAGGGGGGGGUGGGAUGGGAGGGGAAGGGGUGGUCCGGGGCUGUAAAAUAGACCCAGUAUUUAUUGUGUGAAAGAAUUGAUUUGCCGUUUGACUUAAUCCCAGAGAAUAAUGUGGUUUCUCUGCCAGGCGGUGCGAAGCGGUGUGAAUCUCUCUUUGUACC